CAGCUCCAACUACAGCAACUUCGCAGGAGGAUAGGCCGUCACUCAUACAUUCUACUCGGGUUUCUGCUAGACCUGGAGCGGUCAACAAAAAUGUCUAGACGAACACAGGACGCUGCGGUGCGAGUCUUGAAUGACUUUGUUUCUCUUUCCCGCCGUCCUUUCACAGCCCGAGCGCCAGCACCGGCACCGCUGUGCCCGCAAUGCCAUAGUCGUCGGUUCUUCAACCUCAGGGGGACGGAACAACAACCACACUGGCGGAGUGUCAGUAGCAGCAGCAGCAGCAGCCGCCGCCGGGCAUUCGCCACGUCCUCUGCCCUCCUCAAAAAGUCGUCGUCAUCGUCCAAGUCGUCACGCAAGUCUCCGGAAGUGUCACCACCAAAAGUCAACACCCACGUGCCCGACAACGCGGCGACCAAGAACCGAGACGGCGAGGUCGACCCGUACGACUUCACGGACUUGAACGCGGGCAUCGCCAACGCCGUCGCCCGGCUCAAGGAUGCUCUCGUCCGGACGCGAGACGCCGGCCGCGUCACUCCCGACAUGAUCGAGUCCCUGCCCGUCGAGUUGAACGUCAAGGGGGCCGCCGCCCACGGGACCCGGGCUCACCACGAGCGGACAAAGUUGGGCGACAUCGCCAGUGUGGUCCAAAAGGGCGGGAGGAUGCUUCAAGUUUACUGUUCCGAAGAAUCCCACGUCAAACCCAUCUCCUCGGCGGUUCAAGCGUCCCAACACAGUCUGGCCCCCCAACACGACGACAGUAACCCGUUGUUGAUCAAUGUGCCCGUACCGCCCGUGACGGCCGAGACGAGGCAACAGGCCAAGGAGGAGGCGAAAAAGGUCUACGACAAGUCCAGCCAGGCCAUCCGGAACGUGCGCGGCGACCAACAGAAGAAAUUCCGCAAGAUGGAGCUCGGGAAAUUGGUCAUCGUCGACGAGUUGCGCAAGGCCCACAAGCAAAUGGAGGACGUGGUGAAAAAGGGUCAGGACGAGGCGAAAAAGGUCUACGAGGCUGCCGUCAAGGCUUUGGGGUCCUGAAGGGGGGGGAUGGACUGGAGAGCCUGGAUCGAAUUAUACCCUAAAAAUCAUUGUACAAUCACACAUAAAUGGAGCCUGGUGCGUUGUCGUAACAGGAGAAAGGGUGGUUUCUAUCGCGAGGUGAUUCCAUGUACAUUAUCUGUUACAGUCACAGGUGAUAUGUUGAAGAUGAUGGAAUACACAAGGGCAUGGCACAUGGUACUGCCAGCGCUCAGUCUUCUUCAGAUGCAAACCCGAACUCUUCUGGCUCGGACAUUACUACAAGUGCUGUGAGAGCAUGUAUGACAUACCCGAUGUCGACCUUCUUGCCAAAAG